AUGGCCCCCAAGAACAAAGGCGGCGACAAAAAAGCCAAGGAGGGCGGGGAGAAAGGCGGAAAGGGUCUGAAGCCUGCGAAUGCUAUUAACGUGAGGCAUAUUCUUUGCGAAAAAUUCUCCAAAAAAGAAGAAGCCCUCGAGAAACUACGCAACGGGGCCAAGUUCGAUGAAGUGGCGCGGGAGUUUUCCGAGGAUAAGGCGAGACAGGGUGGAUCUCUGGGCUGGAAGACUCGGGGUAGUCUGGAUGCGACGUUUGAAAAGGCGGCGUAUGAGUUGGAACCGAGUACGACGGGGAGUCCCAAGUAUGUGGAUGUGAAGACGGGAUUUGGGUAUCAUAUUAUUAUGGUCGAGGGGAGGAAGUAAUCCUCUUUUUGUAAGUUUUGCUGGGGAUGAGAGUUAGGGUUGGGUUGGGUUGGGUGGAUUUCGUAUGGAUCAGAUGAUAAAUCGAUGAAUGAGAGUAAUCUAUGAUCAAGUCU